GGCGACCUCGCGGCCCGGGUCGCUGAGUGUCUCAGCCGACAGUCGCACGGAAAGCGCUGCUCCCACCUCUGCUCUUACCCGGGUGGCCCUUCCCCACGAGCUGACCUCUUGGGGGUCAUCCUUUCUACAGCCGAGGACGCCGAACGGGCCCCUCGGGUCUUGGCGUAAAAGAGCUCCGGCUCCAGUGCCUGAGCCGCCACCCUCGGGCUCGGCUACUUCCUCUCCAAUCCUCAGUUUCCCCGUUGGUACGAUGGGCCUCGAGGCGGCCAGUUUAGUGGGUAACUCACGUAGGAGGCGCCCUAUGAGUGCGAAUGGGACCCGAAUCCGACCCAGCAAUAUCAGUUUCAUCAUCAACAUGGGGGACUCCAACAUAGAUACCAGCACCACCGGGUCUGAGACUGUGGCUGAGGAAGUGUCUCUUUUCAGCACAACGGACAUGAUUCUGUUUUCACUUAUUGUAGGUCUCCUGACCUACUGGUUCUUCUUCAGAAAGAAAAAAGAUGAAAUCCCCGAGUUCACCAAAAUUCAACCAACGACCUCCUCUGUCAAAGACAGCAGCUUCGUGGAAAAGAUGAAGAAGACGGGCAGGAACAUCAUCGUGUUCUAUGGCUCCCAGACGGGGACCGCCGAGGAGUUUGCCAACCGCUUGUCCAAGGACGCCCACCGCUAUGGAAUGCGGGGCAUGUCAGCAGACCCUGAGGAGUAUGACUUGGCCGACCUGGGCAGCCUGUCAGAGAUAGAGAACUCCCUGGCAGUGUUCUGCAUGGCCACCUACGGCGAAGGCGACCCCACUGACAAUGCUCAGGACUUCUAUGACUGGCUCCAGGAGACAGAUGUGGACCUCUCUGGAGUCAAGUAUGCGGUAUUUGGUCUUGGGAACAAGACCUAUGAGCACUUCAAUGCCAUGGGCAAGUAUGUGGACAAGCGACUAGAGCAACUUGGUGCCCAGCGGAUCUUUGAAUUGGGAAUGGGCGACGAUGACGGGAACCUGGAGGAGGACUUCAUCACAUGGCGAGAGCAGUUUUGGCCAGCUGUGUGCGAGUACUUUGGGGUGGAAGCCACUGGAGAGGAGUCCAGCAUUCGCCAGUAUGAGCUUGUGGUGCACACAGACAUAGACAUGGCCAAGGUGUAUGUGGGUGAGAUGGGCCGCCUGAAGAGCUACGAGAACCAGAAACCCCCCUUUGAUGCCAAGAAUCCAUUCUUAGCCGUCGUCACCACCAACCGGAAGCUGAACCAGGGAACUGAGCGACACCUCAUGCAUCUAGAAUUAGACAUCUCAAAUUCCAAAAUCAGGUAUGAAUCUGGUGACCAUGUAGCUAUUUACCCAGCCAAUGAUUCUGCCCUGGUCAACCAGAUUGGUGAGAUCCUGGGUGCUGACCUGGAUGUUGUCAUGUCGUUGAACAAUCUCGAUGAGGAAUCCAACAAGAAGCACCCAUUCCCCUGCCCCACCUCCUACCGCACAGCCCUCACCUAUUACCUGGACAUCACCAACCCGCCGCGCACCAACGUGCUCUAUGAGCUGGCCCAGUACGCCUCGGAGCCCUCGGAGCAGGAACACUUGCGCAAGAUGGCCUCCUCCUCGGGUGAGGGCAAGGAGCUGUACCUGAGCUGGGUGGUAGAGGCUCGGAGGCACAUCCUGGCCAUCCUGCAGGACUACCCAUCGCUGCGGCCCCCUAUCGACCACCUGUGUGAGCUGCUGCCUCGGCUGCAGGCCCGCUACUACUCCAUCGCUUCUUCCGCCAAGGUCCACCCCAACUCUGUGCAUAUCUGUGCUGUGGCUGUGGAAUAUGAAACCAAGUCUGGCCGAAUCAACAAAGGCGUGGCUACCAGCUGGCUUCGGGCCAAGGAGCCCACACAGGAGAAUGGCUGCCGGGCCCUGGUGCCCAUGUUUGUGCGCAAGUCCCAGUUCCGCCUGCCCUUCAAGACCACCACGCCUGUUAUCAUGGUGGGCCCUGGCACUGGGGUAGCCCCCUUCAUAGGCUUCAUUCAGGAGCGGGCCUGGCUGAAGCAGCAGGGUAAGGAGGUGGGGGAGACGCUGCUGUACUAUGGCUGCCGCCGCUCUGACGAGGACUACCUGUACCGUGAGGAGCUGGCCCAGUUCCACAAGGAGGGCUCCCUCACCCAGCUCAAUGUGGCCUUCUCCCGGGAGCAGCCCCAGAAGGUCUAUGUCCAGCACUUACUGAAGAGGGACAAGGAGCACCUGUGGAAGCUGAUCCAUGAAGGGGGCGCCCAUAUCUAUGUCUGUGGGGAUGCUCGGAACAUGGCGAGGGACGUGCAGAACACCUUCUAUGACAUCGUGGCUGAGCUAGGGUCCAUGGAACACACCCAGGCUGUGGACUAUAUCAAGAAACUCAUGACCAAGGGCCGAUACUCCCUAGAUGUGUGGAGCUAGGAGCCGCCUAGCCCAGCCCUCACACACUAUAUAGACUCGUUUCCCCUUGUAAUCACUUUCCUCCCCCUUCUGCCCGUCUUCUGGAUGGGUUCUGCUGGGCCUGUCCCAGGAUGCACACUCAGUGACAAAGACCGCUCCAGGCCCACGAUGUGCCCUCUGGAACCCCCUGGCCACAGGGACACAUGGCCAAGGGUGACCAGGCCCACACUUUGUGAACACCUCAGGCCUCCAGUGCUUAUACCGAAGGGGCUCUUCUCUCAGCUGAGCGAGGGCUUGGCCCCUCCACGUGAUUUUCAAUGAAUGUAAAUAAUUUUAAAUAACCUCUGGCCCUUGGAAUAAAGUUCUGUUUUCUGUA